AUCACGAUCGAGGCGAUGAAGAGCGACAUCGACGAGGUGGCUCUGCAGGGGAUCGAGUUCUGGUCCAACGUGUGCGACGAGGAGAUGGAUUUGGCCAUCGAGGCCUCGGAGGCAGCAGAACAAGGGAGGCCUCCAGAGCACACCAGCAAGUUCUAUGCCAAGGGGGCCCUGCAGUAUUUGGUCCCAAUCCUCACACAGACCUUGACCAAGCAGGAUGAGAACGACGACGACGACGACUGGAACCCCUGCAAGGCUGCUGGGGUGUGCCUGAUGCUGCUGGCCACGUGCUGCGAGGACGACAUCGUCCCCCACGUGCUGCCCUUCAUCAAGGAGCACAUCAAGAAUCCCGACUGGAGGUACCGGGACGCGGCCGUGAUGGCCUUCGGAUGCAUCCUGGAAGGGCCAGAGCCCAACCAGCUCAAACCUUUAGUAAUACAG